AUGAUCCAAGAAGAACAGAACAGCAAACCAACCCCACCAAGAAUAUUGAUCCUCUCCGGAUGGGUUGGGAGUGGAAAGUCGACUUUUGCUACCCAACUAGAACAAGCUAAUCCAAACUUUGUAAGGAUCUGUCAGGACGUCUUGGGCAAGCGCCAGGCAUGCGAAUCGAGGGCCAGGAGAUGUCUCAAAGAAGGGAAAUCAAUCAUCAUCGAUCGACAAAACUUCGACCGGAAACAGAGACUCACCUGGCUAAGGAUCGCCAAAGAGAUCGAAGAAUUCUUACAACAACAACAACAGGAGGGCCAAGACGAUAUUGCGGUUAAGCUUAGGGUCGAAUGCGAUCUGAUCGAGUUCGCGACCCCAUUCGAGGAAUGUGUCACUCGGCUCCGGUAUCGAACUGGACACGAGACCAUCCAUUCGUUCGAAGAAGGAAUCCGGGUCCUGAAAUCCAUCUCCAACAAAGAAUGGGUAUCGCCCGACAUCUCGGAAGUUGAGUCCCCCUCCCCCCACAAUCAGAUCGAUCGAUUGAUGCUGACUGUCGAUCGAGCUUACCAGGGCUUCAGUCGACACCUAGUCCUGCUCCCCGCAAGUUGUCCAUCCAAUCCACAUCCUCGAUCAACAACCACAACGACGACGACGACGACGAUCCCAUUCCCAGUGACGGCGGAAGUCAUCCACUCGAUCAUGCGCACCCUCCAGAAUAUCCCAAUCACCAUCCAUCCCCCUCAGCUCAUCAUCACCCCUAAACUCGCCAUCCAUCCGCUCCAAGCUUCGACGGCUUCCAGAACAGGCACUUGGAAGAACCAACCCAGGUCGACUGAGCGAUGGUAG